UUUUAUUUUGAAAGCAGCAGCAGCAGCAGACAGGAAGUGGUCGUUGGCAGGGGGAUCUGUUGUUGUCGUGCUAACUCGUUAGCUGGCUACCUCAUCUUCCAACAUUUUGCCAGCUGAGGAAAGUUGGGCCAGGGAUAUACAGUAGCCACCAUGUUGGUCCCCAUAUUCACCCUGAAGCUGAACCAUAAGAUUAACCCUCGCAUGGUGACUGUUGGGAAAUUUGAUGGAGUGCACCCAUGCCUUACUGCAGCCACACAGGCUGGAAAGGUUUUUAUCCACAACCCUCACGCCCGUGGUCAGAGACCUGCGGCCCACCGACUGAGCCAGAGCAACCAGGACUCUGACAUCUCUCUGCUCAACAUCAACCAGGCCGUUACUUGUCUGACGGCAGGAGCGCUGGGACCGAACACCACCGGGGACACACUGUUGGUGGGGUCCCAAACGAACCUGCUGGCCUAUGACGUCCAUGACAAUGCUGAUAUAUUCUACAGAGAGGUGACGGAUGGGGCCAAUGCUAUUGUGUUAGGGAAACUCGGGGACAUCCCGAAUCCUCUUGCCAUCAUUGGAGGGAACUGUGCGUUGCAGGGCUUUGACUACGAGGGCAAUGACCACUUCUGGACAGUAACUGGAGACAAUGUCAGAUCUCUGGUGCUCUGUGACUUCACCGGGGAUGGGAAGAACGAGCUUCUUGUAGGAUCGGAAGACUUUGACAUCAGGGUAUUCAAAGAGGACGAGCUUGUGUCUGAGAUGACUGAAAACGAGACAGUAACAUCACUGUGCCACAUGCAUGGCAGCAGAUUUGGUUAUGCCCUGGCCAAUGGCACUGUGGGAGUUUACGACCGCACCGCUCGCUACUGGAGGAUUAAGUCGAAGAAUCAUGCGAUGAGUAUCCAUGCCUUCGACCUGAAUGCUGACGGGGUGGUGGAGCUUAUCACUGGCUGGUCGAAUGGAAAGAUUGACGCUCGCAGCGACCGCACAGGCGAGGUCAUUUUCAAAGAUAACUUCUCAUCUUCCGUGGCCGGAGUCGUGGAGGGAGACUACAGGUUGGAUGGACAGCAACAGCUUAUCUGCACCUCCAUAGAGGGAGAGGUCCGUGGUUACCUGCCAGCCAGUAAGGACCUUAAAGGGAAUCUCAUGGACUCCAGUGCUGAACAGGACCUCAUCAGAGAGCUCAGCCAACGCAGACAGAAUCUGAUGCUGGAGCUACGCAAUUAUGAAGAGAAUGCCAAGGGUGUGUCAGAGACAAACAGUGGGAUUGGUGUCAUACCAGCCAACACUCAGCUCCAGACAGCGCUGUCAGUGAGACCUGCCACAGAGGCCCAGAAGGCUCAUGUAGAGCUCAGCAUUUCAACACCAAAUGAAACUAUUAUCCGUGCAGUGCUCAUCUUCGCAGAGGGCAUAUUUGAGGGGGAGAGUCACGUUGUCCACCCCAGCACCCAGAACCUGUCGGGCUGUGUCCGAGUCCCCAUCGUCCCCCCAAAAGAUAUUCCAGUAGAUCUGCACAUCAAAGCCUUUGUUGGAGGGAAAACUAGCACCCAGUUCCACGUGUUUGAAAUUACACGUCAGCUGCCUCGUUUCUCCAUGUACGACAUCACAGCCGACUCCUCGGCCGCUCCGCCACCAGGAAGGGUCACCUUCAGCAUCAACGACCGACCUCAGCGGGUGGUAAUGUGGCUGAAUCAGAACUUCCUGCUUCCAGAGGGGGUCGACAGUCCUGACGUUACUUUUAAUUCACUGAGAGGAGGCGGACUGUUGUCUAUCAGCAUGGCCAGCAAUGGACAGAUCACUCUGAGAACCGAUGACAUUGACCUGGCCGGAGAUCUGGUCCAAUCGCUAGCCUCCUUCCUGGCAAUCGAGGACUUGUCAGCAGAAGCAGACUUCCCCGGAUACUUUGAGGAGCUACGUACGACGCUCACUGAGGUGGAUGAGUUCCACUCCGUCCAUCAGAAGUUAACCGCAACAAUGGCUGACCACUCCAACUACAUCAGGAACAUGCUGGUGCAGGCAGAGGACGCUCGUCUAAUGGUCGACAUGACAACUAUGAAGAAGCGCUACAGAGAGCUGUACGACCUAAACCGGGAUCUGAUCAACGAGUAUAAAAUCCGCUCUAACAACCACAACGCGCUACUGGCCUGCCUCAAGUCUGUCAACCAGGCCAUACAGCGGGCUGGUAGACUACGAGUGGGUAAGCCCAAGAACCAAGUGAUCUCUGCCUGUCGAGAUGCCAUCAAGAGCAACAACGUCAACGCGCUCUUCAGGGUCAUGAGAGCCGGCACUGCGUCCUCCUGAGAGUGGAAGGAACAAAUAGACUGAAAGAAGAGUACUGUAAUGUCGGACUUCUAUUUCAAGCCUGUGAUGAGACCCACACAUGGACAUGAAAAGCUGAAGACACUUAACAAUUGUGGAAUCGGGAUGCUGCUGAGCCUUAAACCUGUCUUUUUCCAUGAUUUAGGAAUAAAUCAAAACAGCCUGGCAGCAACAUUUUGGCACCAGCUCCAUAAUACUUGAAGCUUGAAAUUCUGCUAGCUCAUAGAAAUAAAAUGCUGACCGCAGUCUUAGUUGGCCGGCAGAGUUGUCAUCUGUCGCAGUCUAGCUCUGUGGCUGCAUUUUAGUGCCGUUACAGCUUAGCUACAUAAUUGUUUAAAUUAGUGCUAGGAGUCAGCAGGCAGGAGUGACACAACUGUUCAUAGUUCAGCUGGGACAGCUUCCCCAAAAUGAGUACAGUAAGAGCAGCAAAUAUUUUAUAUAGCGAACUAUGAAGCCUUUUGUAAAAUAUAUAUAUUUUAUAUCAAGAUAAUUUAAAUUUAAUCUAAAAACUUUACACAAACCUCCUGGAGGUCACCAGAUCUCGAUUUGAGAGUCACUCCUUUGAUGGAGGAGGAUUUUAAUUAAUUAAUCUGAAAGAUUUGACAUAUUUGCUUGACGCCAAACUAAAAUCUGUCCUCUUCAGCUGACAUUCACUGUCCGAUAUGAUCAAUAGUUCAGAGUUAAGAGAGAGAGUUAAGCCUGAUGUCCAUUAAAUGUACUCGAGGUGUUCCAGGUGUCACUGCACAUUCGUCUAAAGAAAUGUUUAAACUUCAGAGAAGUCAUCCAAACUGCCUUGUUUCAACAAAGACGCGAGGGUUUGUAGAAAAUGACUCAAUCUGUUGGAACGGCAAUCCGACUGUUUAAUUCAGCUGACGUAGAGAUGUUUAGAGAGAGCACAGCUGGAGCAAGACGGAGAGCAGCUUCCUCCUCUCGUUUCGGAUGGAGUCGUGCCAUUGAAAACACUGGUGGCCCUGGUAGUUCUGUGUGACAGCUCGCUCGGACUCUCCCAGCUGUUGUGUGUUUGCGAGGUGUUUGUAGCCAAAGAAAACUAUUUUAAAUUACUGAAUGUCACAGAGGACCAAUGAUGUGUGUUUAACUUGUUUAUCUUUUGUAGAUUGUCAAUGUGAUUUUGUGUUUGUGGCAGAUAAACGUAUUAAAUUAAAUUAUGU